AUGGAGAGUGGCCUGAAGAAGUUAUGGACUCGUAGAAGGAGCAAGGGCCUUGAUGGUCAACCUGACCCAAGUAUAAAGAGUUUGCGAAAAACUCGAAGCACAGAUCUGAAAGGGCACUCCAUCUCAAGCGCGCAGAACGCAGACCGACCCAUCAGGACAUCUGCAGGAAAUGCCUUCAGCCAAUCUGGUCGUCCUGCAACGACCGCAGACAAUUCGUUGCGUCCGCCUUCCAGCCGAAAGGUGCAGCCCACACUCUUGGGCGUAUCGACACCUACGACCUCUCCCUCAAGGCCCAAUACGUCUGGUAGUGGGAGUCUGCUAAGCGCUGUCAAUCGCGCUGCUGACGCGGUCAAUAUCGCCGAGCAGGAGUUUCAGGCGUCCGCCCAGAAAUAUACUAAAGAUUACAUCGCGACAAAGCCACCUCGCUAUGUUGAUAUAUUUUCGCUCUCAAAGCCCGAUAGUCCCAAGGUCUACAAUGAAGAUGUGGCCGAGAGGAAUCUGGAUCUCGCUCGAGUGGCACUCGAUGGUUUCGAGCCACCACUCAGUCCUUCCAAGUACCAGGAAAACGUAGCUGCUCGAAAUGCAUUCCCACCUCUACCUGGAGAGAGCAACAUUGAGAUCUCCUCGCAUUCCAGAUCUCCCGGGCAUAUCGAGCAGCUCCCUGGCGGAACACGCCCAAUGACAAGCGCCCUCAGUAACCAAUCACUAGUAAGAAUGACGCCUAAUGGACGACCCGCCACAAGUGAGAUCCAGGUUCAAAAUCCAACCGUAUCACAUUCACGCCAAUUGAGUGACCAGUCCUGGGGCUCGCAGUCUCAAGGUAAUGCCUGGAAAGCUGCAAAUCAGCCAGCUGGAUCUCCUUCCUCAAACCACCGACACACUGUGCCAGACACCUUUCACAUAAGCUCAGCCGGCUCUCCUUUGUCCAACCGUUCCACUGUAACACCUAAAAAGCAACUACUUGGAGCUCACGUAGCACAGGCUGGCAGUCACGAUCUGUUCCGAGGCGAGAACCUUCGAAAUUAUGUACUUUCUCAGUCGGAAUUGAUUCACCGGCGAUCUCACGACCGAGCUCAACCCAUCCAGCUAAGUACCACCAACUCUGUUGAUGACCAGAGCGGAACUCAACCAUCAGACCGCUCAAUACGCUCCCCUUCAGCAUUGAGCAACAUAUCUUCGGUCAAGCGCUCAAUCAAUCUUGCACAUCGCACAAUCAUGGAUCUCACUGGAGAUGAUUCUGAAGUCUUCUCUGAGAACUCCCCAGCCUCUCAUCACAGCGCCACUCCAGUUGUUGAAAGUGCCAAAGCUGAUACAAUGCGCAAAAUUCAGCCUACAAUGGUGUCUGAGACAAUGAGACCUGAUACAUCUCCUCAAUGCGCUCCACCUGAAGUCAAGGCUCUCCUUCAGCAGCAAGAAAGUCCCUUAUCGCCUGUUGCGGAGGCUGCGCAAUCGCCACCUGCAGAUGGUCCGGUCCCAACCAAAACUGCCACUGAAGUUCGCACCAACGCUGUUACCUUUGCAAGCACCUUCUCACCGAUUAGCACUCUUGCUCAUGUGGAGCCGCGUCGGAGUGUAAUGGUUGAAUCUCAAGUCGACAAAACCGAAGCUGAUUUCGGUCACAAUCACCCGGAUCCGAGAGAACAUCAUGAUCGUACCAGUGAAGAAAUAGACCAUAUGAGUUCAGUUCCACAGGAACAAAAGACUGUAAGCAAAGAAUUGUCUGCUGUCGAGCCCACAAGAGCAGAAAGUGGCCUCAUUAGGCCCAAGACCCCGCCAAACAAUGUUGAACCUGACCCCAUGUCGGAAUCAGCAAGCCCUGCUGAGAAAUUAGGUGAAACUGAAGACAUCGGGCCUGAUAUCGCGCAAACAAAAGAGCAGCCACUCUCCGAAACAAGUGACUCUACAGCAACUCCGCCAAGUCAGUCAAUCAUAGAAAUGACCCCAGACAGUCUACACUCGAUCGAUUUUGUUGACCCAUCGAGGGCUUUCGGAAUUACGACCAGAGAUUUUGCGACAAGUCCCACCAAGGCGCCUCUUGAGAGUGUACCAGAGGAUAUUGAGCCUAGCUUGCAUGCGAAGCCGAAACGCCCUAUGAAUGCGACGCCUGAACGCCGUGCGACUAGUCACGACUCGGGAAGGGGAAAGUACGCCGACAAGCUUGUCAGAAGUACACCUGCUUAUAGUUCAACUUUCGAUGAAGAUGAGUUUGCAUUCAAGCAGGCAGAAGCACGUGCCGCUUUAAUUCGGCUCCAACAAAGCCUGGAUGAGAAUUUUCUUACACACCCAGUUCCUCAAAUGGAAACACAGCCAUCUCGCCUACGCCAUCACUCUUCACUAAGUGAUGGAAAACCCGUAGCCCCGUCCUCCAUCUUUGCACAAGUGAGAAAUGUUUCACCUUCUCCAGCAGACAACAGACUCAGCGUGGGAACUUCAACAUCAAGUGAGGACGCCAGACCUCGCAUUUCAUACCACACAUUGGUUACAACUACCCACGCUAACGGGCUGCCGGACUAUCGAAAUUCUCUAUCUUCAGCAGGAAGUUUUGACAAUAGUCCUCGAAACAGCAAGGGCAAACAGAAGUUUGAGAUUGACCUAAAUAACGGGCCUGGCCCAUCGAUAGUCAAUGAUGACCAUGAAGAGAAGCACCCACUCCCUCUCCCACCCCCUCUUCACCUGAACGGAACUGCCUUGUACCGGAACCUCAAUCAAGCACCCGUUCCACCAAGCCCAGGCGAGAUCUCAUUAUCGAGCUUUCCCAUACCGGUAUCAUCUCCCAGGCAGUCCUUCAAUCCAGGGUCUGAUUCGUCUGAUCCAGUCCAACCACAGAUAACCCAACACUCCCAUCAGAAUAGUGCUGGUACUGGACGCAUUCUAAGGCGUCAAUCAAGCCAAAGAAGUCAGGCAAGCAGUACUUCGGCAUUCAGUAUUCCUUAUCACAUGAUUCCAGAUCGGUCUAGCAGCGUCCGAGACCGACUGGUUCGUGAGGUGGAGUGA